CCUCCGGUUCCAAUCGUUUUCCAGGUGAUUUAGAUUUUUCAGGGGAGUUGUAUGAAGCAGUUCGAAGCGAGAAUUCGACAGUGUGUUUUGCUAAACUUCGCCUCAUUGAAGUGGAUUACAGAAUAAGGCUGGUCAAAGAUAAACAUUUAGUUUGGACUGUAAUUUUUAGACUGUUCUGCUUUCUUCACGGUCGUCACCGCAUGGCUGGCUGUUCUCUUUACGUGAUUUACGUAUGACGUCAGAGCGUCAGCUGGCCCAAUGUUUACAUCCACCAGUCCAGUGUGUUUCUGAGUGAGUCCACGAACAACAAGAGGUCGAUCGUUUAAAAGAUCACAAAUAGAAAGGCUCCAUCGGCGGUCCGUCCAGGCAUCAUGGGUGGAGCCGUGAGUGCAGGAGAGGACAAUGAUGACUUGAUCGACAACCUGAAGGAGGCCUACUAUAUCCGCUCAGACCUGGUGGAGCGGGCAUUUCGUGCCAUUGACCGUGCCGAUUAUUACCUCGAUGAAUAUAGGGAAAACGCCUACAAGGACUUGGCUUGGCGACAUGGCAACAUUCACCUGUCCGCUCCAUGUAUCUAUUCGGAGGUGAUGGAGGCUUUGGAUCUCCACCCUCGUAUCUCCUUCCUCAACCUUGGCAGUGGGACGGGCUAUCUCAGUACCAUGGUGGGCCUAAUACUGGGACCAUUUGGAGUGAAUCAUGGGAUUGAGUUGCAUGCUGACGUAAUCGAUUACGCCUACCAAAAGCUUGACUCCUUCAUCAAAACCAGCGACAGUUUUGAUCGAUUUGAGUUCUGUGAGCCAUCCUUCGUAGUGGGCAACUGUCUAGAAAUCCCUCCUGAGACGCGUCAAUACGACAGAGUGUACUGUGGCGCCGGGGUGCAGAAGGAUCACGAGAAAUACAUGAAAAACCUCAUUAAGGUUGGGGGCAUCCUGGUAAUGCCGCUUGAGGAAAAGCUGACCAAGAUCACUCGCACAGGACCAAACAGCUGGGAGACCAAAAAGAUCAUUUCUGUGUCUUUCGCUCCUCUCAUACUGCCUAAACACAAUGUAAAUGGCAAACCCAAGAGUGUCCCUCUGCCAAAGUAUGAGGUACGGUCAUUACAAGAGCUCGCUCGUUUCUCCAUCCGACAUACGCUCCAAACAAAUACCGACAGCGGAGAAAGCCACUCACGCAGCCGCGGCUCUUCAUUCAGCGUCGGCCGGGGUCUGGCAGUUGCCGGCCUCCACAAGUACGGCCCUCGCUUCAAGCGCCGCCGGGUGCAUCGGCGCCGCUGCAACGCCCUCGUCCUGGCCACUCGUCAGGUGGUCGGCAGCGCCAUGAGCCCCGCUGCUUUGGACAGCAACAAUAACCAGGGGGGGAGAAUAGAGGAUGAAGAGGAAAUGGGUGAAAGGGAGGCGAGGCGGGAGAUGAGGGGAACUCGGAGGGCAACUAGAAGGGCCAGAGGGGUGAUGGAAGAAGAUGAGAUGGUGGAGGAGGAGGUUGAAGAAGAGCACGAGGCAGAGGAGGAAGAGAGAGAGACUGGAGAGCUUCUCCGAGUCCAACCUGCUGUCAACUUGUUAAGAGAGCGGAUACUGGGCCUUCCGCUACCCGAGCCCUUGAAGAGGUACCUCUUGUUCUACAGAAACAAGUGAGCUACAAGCCAGCCAGCAAAGACUGAAGCCCCUCUCCUACUUAUAGAAGGCAGAACAGCAUGCCUGGCAUCACCUAGCCCUUAUUUAGUGCCGCCUCAACAUGACCAGGGGUAACCAACAUUUUGGAAAGAUGAAUUGUACAAAAAAAAAAAAAAAUGCAUGUGCAUAUUUUCCCUUAGUCGGACAUAAAACCAGACUAAGCUUUUCCCGUUGUAGGUCAAUUAGUUCACCGAAAUUAUUUCUAUUUGCUAAAUACCAGUACAAUGUUAGGACUAUAUGUAUAAUUCAUGCGGUAAUCUGGUUUUAAUUACUUCCCGGGUUACUAAUGAGAGGGCUACCACUUUUAUACACACUUCUGAAAUAACACUUCAGCUCAAAUUACACAUGGUACUGAUUUAUCACAUUAAUUGGUCAGUAUUAACAAGCAAGGAAACAAAAAAAUCAAUAGGCAUCACUUUUCUAUAGAUCAUUUAAAGUGUUAGCGUUCUCAAAUGAUCACUUCUAAACAUUCCUAGAAAAAUAUGUCCUAUCGCUGAGCUAAUAUUAAAACGGGCCCAUAAUCUACUUGUGUGGGGCAACCUGUUGCCCACAGGCACCGUGUUGGUGACCCUUGGACUGCAGACUAUCCUCAAGAGUCCAAUCUUGUUUGAUCGUUGUGCAGUUGUGAUUUGCUGCUGAAUGUACGUGACCACAGCAUUUUUGUAUGAUGCGUCAGGAAAGGUGUGAAUAAAUGCGUCUGUUUUUGUAAAUUGAGCUGUUCCUAACGGAUAAACCGAAUUGAAUUGUAUUAUUGACCGCUGUAAUAAAGUGGAUUAUACAAAA